UCGCUUCCACCCGGUCCCAGUUGGCGCCGGACGCAGCAGUGGAGGCUUAUAAACAUGGAGACAGAGGACGCUGGGAGUGGAGAGCCGUCUUCUCGGCUGGGGGCUCCGGCGUCCACUAAUGACCGGCUUUUCCUGGUUAAAGGUGGAAUUUUCCUUGGUACUGUUGCUGCAGCGGGAAUGCUGGCUGGAUUUGUUACAACACUAUCAUUGGCUAAAAAGAAAAGUCCUGAAUGGUUCAAUAAGGGAAGUGUGGCCACGGCUGCCUUACCGGAGAGCGGGUCCUCCCUUGCCUUGCGAGCCCUGGGGUGGGGCUCACUUUAUGCCUGGUGUGGGGUCGGUGUGAUCAGCUUCGCCGUCUGGAAGGCUUUAGGAGUUCACAGUAUAAAGGACUUUCGAAGUAAAAUGCAAUCAAUAUUUCCAGCAAUUCCCAAGAACUCUGAAUCGGCUGUUGAAUGGGAGGAAGCAUUGAAAUCCAAAUGAGAUGAGCAUGGUGGGUGAAGUCCAGAACGAUUGUUACGGGAAAAGCUGGCUUUGGAGAUGUCACAACAGCAAAGGGACUCGACAGAUUUCUCCUCAGGAACACGUGCAGAUUGUUGAGUGAACCUGUGGGGUGGAUGGCAUUCAGUGUCCUCAUAGGAGGCCGAUAGUCAUUUCUGUGUGCUGUACUUUACAACUGAUUUGGUUAUGUUCAUAUGGGGGUGGGGGGGGGGUGUUGGAGGGAGGGCAAAGUUUUCCCAAAGUUAGGAAGACUAUUUAAAAAUAAUUAUGUGGAUACCUUCUCUGUGUGGAGGAAAUCCCAGGGGAAAUACUUUUAUGACUGUAACAGUUGAAACCAAGUUUUUUACCUGAAAAAAAAAAUUAUAAUGUAUGAUGGAAAAUCUUUAUAAACAGACUCGUAACAGCAGUAGCACCUCAAUGUCUAAUUAAAUAAGUUUCAACAGCCUUCCUUGUCCAUAUGUGGCUGUCAGAACUUGGAGGACUUUCUCCAAAGAGGCAGACUCCAAAGUGAUGGGUUAAUGGGUGAAUCCUGUCCAUCAGGCAGUGGGUGUGGCUCUCUUGUCCUGAACACAGUCUUUGAUUUGGUUUUUUUUUGUUUGUUUGUUUGUUUUUGUUUUUUUUACAGUCUUUGAUUUGUACAUGCUAGUCAUUUACCUGACAGCCUCACCUUAGGCCCUGUAAAUUCUCAGACAAGAAGCCGGUAACAGAUUAUGAUAACUUGAAAGGACAAUCAUGCGAAAAUAGUGAUACUAUGGGUAUAAAAUGUACUUUUUUGACAAGUUGGUUCUGGGUCCCUAAAUACUGACUGACAGUUUAUAGCUUUAUUUCAGUUGUCUGUCAAUAUAAAAAUAGUCCAGUUA